CUUGAAGUAUUGAAACAGCGUAUCGUUGAACUUGAGGCUAAGAAUGCCGAGCUUGAAGCAGAAAAAGCUGAACUUUUAAAGCGGAUUAUGGAGGAGAAUACUAGACGCGAUGUUAGAGUUGAGGAACUGGAGCAAAAAAAUAAGGAGCUUGAGACCAGACUUGCGAUAGUGGAACAGGCUUCCUUACCAGUGGAAGAGCAGUUGUAUAAUGAUAAUCCUUCUGACAAUAGUACAUCUAACUUUAAUUCAGUUGCGGAGUAUCAUGAGAAACCAUUGGUGGAUGUGGAAACAGAUAAUUCCUUUCCUGAAGAGGUUUGCUAUAAUAAGCAAGAAUUGGUGGCAACAGUACCUGCCAACUCUGCGAAGCGCCUUAAUGGCACAUCGUUGGAAGAGAAAGAUAUGAAUAGUUUCUUGCUUGAGGCUCAUAAGAAAAUCGUUAGUAGUGAAAUAAAGCAACGCAAUAAGGAGAAGAAAUUUUUACAAAUUCCCACGGUGAAUUCGAAAGUGAUGCAUGAUAUAAAAGUAGUUAACAGGUAUCCUGAAAAUUCAUAUGAGGAUGCGCAUCGGAUGAGUUUAGAAAUUUUGGAAGAGUUCGAAAAAACCGUUCCCUCAGGGAACGAUCAGAGUCAUGUGUCUUCAGUUAAGCCAGAUCUCGAAGUAUCCAUGGAGCAAGAUGAUGAGCAGGAAUCGAUAGAUAAAAAUCAAAUCAUAGAACAGGGUCUAAUACAAGAGCUGUGUGGUACCUUUGACAACUGUUCUGCCCAACACUUGUCCUAUCUAUUCGAUACAGCAAUAAAGUCUGGUCAGCAGGAAAUCUUAGACUGGUAUAAUUAUUCACUUGAAUUCGAGAGCAGGGUAGAUGCUCUUACUGAAACUCUUAAGGCUAGAAAACACCUCACGUUAUUUGGAAAAAAUGGAGUUGGAAUAGACAAAAUCAAGUUGGUCUCAUAUAGCGCAACUGAGAUUUCGAAACUAACUAAUGCACAAAUCCAAAAUGUUAUAGAUCAAGUAAAAAAAUAUAUUAGUGAUCAUCAGUGUCAUGUGACUUUGAAAACUGUUCCCUCAAGGAACGAUCAGAUUAAGGAUGAAAUGAGUACAUCGGCAAGUGUAUCAUCUGCAUCCUAA